AUGGUUGGAAGCAAACGCCUUAGGAGCAAAACCACCGCUAUGGCACACUCUGGAACGGCCGAAGCCUCGCUGCCACCACGAGGUACAGCUGCUGCCAACGAUUUGCAGCAACCUCUCAUCGCUGCCAGCACAUUCCAGCAGCUUUCCGGCGAGAUGCAGCAGCCUCCCAUAGCUGCCAGCUUGUUCCAGCAGCUCCCCGGCCAGUUUCAGCAGCCUCCCAUGGCUGCCAGCGCAUUCCAGCAGCUUCCCAGCGAGUUCCAGCAGCCUCCCAUGGCUGCCAGCGCGUUCCAACAGCUUCCCGGAGAAUUCCAGCAGCCUCCCAUGGCUGCCAGCGCGUUCCAGCAGCUUCCCAGUGGGUUCCAGCAGCCCCUCAUGGCUGCCCAUGCUGUCCAGCCACCUCUGGCAGCUACGCAACCUCUCCAAAUAACUGCUAUAGCAACCGGAACGCAGCAGCAGCUGUGCUAUGUGGCUGCUGAAAUUGCAGCGCAUCCACGCAGCCCCGUGGCCUCCUCCGUCAUGCAACCGCAAGGCCUAGGUGCCGGUGCCGCCACCCAUGACAGUGCCACCAUUCAUGACCAUCUCAAUGCCAUCUCGGUGAGGACUUCACAAUUUUUCACAGUACAAGACUGGUAG